AUGGCUCUGGCCGCCGGCGUCGUGUGGACGUUUGCCCCAGGCCCUGGCAGCCUCACCUUUAGUGACCCUCGUCAAUCUCCUCAGGGAAACACGCUGCUGUUAUUCACGGGACGAUUCCAAAUUGGCCAGCGACGACCGCAAACGGUUAAUGUGGCUAUCGACUUUGGCCUGAGCGUACUGUGGCUCCCGUCCUCGCAAGCCCAGUGUGCCGUGAAUAGUCAAAGCGAUGACCAGUUAAUCAGCCAAAUUAACGGCCAAACACACCCGCAACAGCCUCAGUGGGGCUCGUGUGAUGCCACUACGGUGUUUGACUCCCAGAAACUGUCUUCGUUUAAGGACAACGGCACUGAUUUCGCCGUUACUUACACUUCGGCAACUACCGGUACUCAGCUGGUUACAGGACGAUACGGCAUCGAUACCUGGUCCCUCAACACUAACGAUAACAACAACAUACUGAUCCUGCUGUUUGUAUUUGGCGUGGCUAACCGUCUGGAAGUGGACCAGGGACGUUUAGGGUUAGGACUACUGCUGGCUCCUGAAACCCAGGCUAAUACACCACUGUUUCUCGCUCGAAUGAAACAGCUGGGGACAAUCAAACGCCAACUAUAUUCAGUGUUUCGGUCGCAAAUUGAUACCGAAGUAAGGUCCAUUUUAUUCGGUGCUGUUGAUACGAAAAAGUUCCAGGGUAACUUAACCACGCUUCCGAUGAUCAUGACUGACACCAGCGCUACGUUUGGAUCUCCCACCCAGUUUCAAGUGACGCUUACUCGCCUCGAUAUUACCACCCUCAAGAAAGACCCUUACCCCGCCUCUUCCCACAAUUAUCCGGCGAUUUUCGAUCUGGGCCAGCGGUAUACUUGGCUUCCUCGUUCCCUCCACAACUCGCUUCUCGAGGUGAUUAACUUGAAGAACCGUACCGAGCUUACCGUACCUUGUGAAGUCGACGGUACUAUCCGUAUUAAGUUUACCUUUGGCGGUGGAGCUGAGCUUGAUAUGCCGUUAAAUGAUUUGAUUCAGCCGCUGACCACCUCGUCAAGCGAGUGUCAGCUUGCGAUAUUGCCUCACGAUGAUCCCAGCAUCAUCCUUGGGGAUAACGUGCUUCGCCACGCGUUUGUUGUAUACGACCACGAGAAGUUUGAGAUUUCAGUGGCGCCAAUCAUGUAUACUCCAGAGACUAAUGUCGUGGAAGUUGACGACCAUCUGCUGCGAUUACCUGGAGCGCUUAUCGCUUCAGAUUACGCUGCCGUCGGUCAAAUCUAUACGGUGCUGCUGCUGGCGCUGGAAGCCAAGCCGCCCCGUACGAUUGGGAACCUAAUGAAUGGAGCCUCGGUGAGGUCCGCCGGGUGGGUAGCAUCGCUCGCCGCCGUGAUGAUGAUGAUAUAG